AUGAUGAUGAUGGGCGAUGCAUUGGGAGGUAUAGGCUCAAGCGUGGCAAGUUUAUUCUUCAUUUGGGCAACCAUUCAACAACUCUUCCCCAACCACCUAAAGAUUGCAAUCAAAGAGUUUAUUUUCUCUUCAUUACAACAACUCGGCUUUGCCCAGAGAGUUUUAGACCAUUUCACCAACUUGGUCUCUCCUUACGUCGAGAUCAACUUCCCAGAAAGCGAUGAGUACCGUUUCAACCACGCUUUCUCAGCCAUCGAGACCUACCUUGGGUCAAAAGCAACCGAGAAGUCCAAACUUCUCAGAGGAAGCCAGGUGAAGGAAAGCAAAGGUUUGGUCUUGAAACGAGACGAGGCCAAAAUCAGAGACGAAUACAAAGGAGCUAACGUUUGGUGGGAGACUGUGACCGAUACUGAUGGAAUCAGAUCUUACAAGCUCACUUUCCACAACAGCGCAAGGAGUCUCAUAACUGAUUCGUACAUACAAUAUGUUGUUGAAGAAGGAAAAUCUGUUGAAGCUAAGAACAAGCAGACGAAGCUGUUCACGAAUAACCCUAGUUCUCAAUGGGUUUCAAGCCAUAACAUGUGGAGAUAUAUUGACUUUGAGCAUCCCGCGAGUUUUGAGACAUUAGCCAUGGAUCCAGAGAAGAAACAAGAGAUCUUGGAUGAUCUUGUUGCCUUCAGCAACGGGAAAGAGUACUACAAGAAAAUCGGAAAAGCUUGGAAGAGAGGUUACUUGCUGUAUGGUCCACCAGGAACCGGUAAGUCCACCAUGAUUGCAGCCAUGGCUAAUUUUCUAAACUACAACAUUUACGAUCUCGAACUCACGGCUGUAAAGAACAACUCGGAGCUGAGAAAACUUCUUACGGCAACAUCAAGCAAGUCCGUUGUUGUGAUCGAAGAUAUAGAUUGCUCCGUUGAUCUCAGCGGUGACAGAAUCAAGAAAGACAGAAACACGGCGGAGAAGAGUGGAGAGCAAGGUAAAGACACAAACUCGGUUACUCUCUCCGGGCUUCUAAACUUUAUUGAUGGUAUUUGGUCGGCCUGUGGGCAAGAAAGGAUUGUCGUGUUCACAACAAACCACUUGGAAAAGCUUGACCCAGCUUUGAUUAGGAGAGGAAGAAUGGAUAUGCACAUUGAGUUGUCUUACUGCACUUACGGAGCGUUCAAGAUUCUUGCCAAGAAUUACCUAGAUCUUGAUCUUAAUGAUGAAGAUGAUGAUCAUCCUUUCUGCAAGAAAAUCAAGUCUUUGCUGAAAGAGACAAAGAUUUCACCAGCUGAUGUCGCAGAGAAUCUUAUGGCUAGAAACCAUCAAAUAGACGUUGUUGGAUCCCUGAACCUUUUAGUCCAAGCUCUUGAGGAAUAUAAUUACUAUCAGAGGAGACAACAUGAUGAAGACAAGAAGAAAAACAAACGGUUCACAAUAUUUGGUUGA